AAUUCCUUCACUUUUAUACUUCGAGCGCCAACUUCAAAAAUAAAAUAUUUCUCACGACAUAUCAUAAAUAUGAUUGAAGUCGAGAAGAAAUUCACUGUUCCGCCAUCGUUUGAGGAUGUAUUAGCAAGAGUAGGAGCCGUCCUAGUCAUGGAGAAAGAAUUUUUAGAUUCGUACUACGAUUUUACUGAUUUUAAACUGAGUUUGCAAGAUUGUUGGCUCCGUGAGAGAAAUAAUUCUUGGGAAUUGAAGCAUAGAGACAAGCAUUCUAAAUCAAGAUCAACAACCACGGACUCUUACUAUGAGGUUGAUAACGAAAAAGAAAUUUUAAGGUCGGUAGCAACCUAUGUUUCCAUGGAUACAAGUGUGAAAUCCGUUCAAGAGUUCGUCACAGGGUCGAGGUUGCGAGUGUUUGCAUCGUUCAAAACGAGGCGAAUGAGAUAUGAGAUAGAUGGAUUGUUUAUUGAUUUAGACUCUGCAAGUUUUGGCUAUAAUGUCGGGGAAAUUGAGAUGAUGGUGGGAAGUAAGGAUGACAUUGCUGGUGCGGAAAUCAAGAUUGAAAGUCUAGCCAAAAGACUUGGCAUAAACUGGAAAACCAAACAACAUGGGAAAUUAGGAGAAUACUUAUACCUCAAUAAUCCAACACUCUUCAAACAACUAGUGGAAAGUAAGGUUUUAAGAGGCAAGUGAGAUUGUUACAUACCAAGUAUAUUCACCUCGGGUCAAACAUUUGUCGUCGAGGGACCACUAAACACACUGCUUUCCUGAGGCUCCAAUCAAUAUAGUUAUGUAUGUCAAAGCCCAAUUUCUCUCUCUUCUCAUUGGCCAAGAUGGUGCCACGUGAUAUUUAUCAAAUUGGUACAGUUUCCCAGCAACCGUUCUGAGGGCAACAUUACAAAUUAAUUCUCAUGGAAUAACAAAACUGGAAGUGAACAUAGUGGAAAUGAAAUUACUGGGUUGCCUGUGUGUGGCAGUCCAGCUGAGGAUGUAAUUCCGGACUUAAGAAGUAAUAUAAUUGAGCAGUAAAAGAAGACUUUAUAGGAUUGUAAUUCAGAUAUUUAUUGGUAUUAAUACAGCUACUCAGUCAGCAGUAGUAUGUCUUCAAUCACAUGGGUUAGUAGAGCCUAAAGGAAAAUAUAGCUUUCAGUCUCUAGUUAAUCUUGAAGGCAUACACCUAAUUGAAAAACAGUAGUCGGGUUCGAGAAGGUCAUAUCAUUGAAGCUAAGACCAAAAAGGAUUUUGGG